AUGGCUCUUCGCUCCAAAGACGCUGAUUUUGAGAACUUCUGCACCCAGGCCAAGUCUCUGAUGGGUAACGACCUAGACGAUGAUUGGCUCCUUGAGAUGUGGAGUGGUGCAGAUGGCGAUCUCAAUAGAGCUCUCAAUCAUGUCCUGGACUCACCUGAAGACAAGGUUAAGCGAAGCGGAGGGGGGCAUAAGUCUAGUAGUGCUGCUGCUCCUCCUCCGCCGCAGCCGCCGGCACCCAAGACCCCCAAGAAGAAGAAGCAUCAUAAGCCUUCUCCUCCUCCGGCACCUGCAGCUGAUUGGGAUGACGAGUACGAUGAUCCGUUCUUCCAAACGCCAGUACCAGCAGCCCCUCCUGCACCUGCUCCCCAAGCAGCAGCAGCACCUCCACCACCACCUCCUCCUCCUCCUCAGCAGCAGCAGCAGCAGCAACCACCAGCUACGGCCCCUGCUGUGCAACAACAAGGAUAUCAGCAGCCUGGUUACCCACCGCAGAUGAUGCCAUCUCAGCCGGGAAUGUAUUAUAAUGGACCUCAGCAGCCUAUGAAUACAAUGCCCAAUAUGGCCAUGCCGCCUCAGACCAUGCCGGGGAUGAUGCCAACACAGCCGGUAGGCAUGGGACCGCCUGGUACGAUGCCGCCUCAACAGUUGCCCAUGGGUCCGAUGAAUCCUCAGGGUCUGCAGACACAACAACAAAUGAUGUUUAUACAAAAUCAACAACAGCAGCUACUCGUUAAUCUUAAGUAUCAACUGGAUACGGUGCUAGCUAAUCCCGCCAUGUUGCAAAACCCCAUGCUCAUGCAGCAGCUGUACGAUACUAUGUCUGCUGCAAUGGAGGCACCGGCUACAACUCUACAGCUUUCUGAAAAAGCUCGACAGAAUGAGCAGACGGCGCAGUUCAUACAGAUGAUGCAGGCACAGAUAUCUCAAAUGUUGGGUAAUCCCCAGGUUGCGGCAAACCCUCAACUCUUGCAACAUCUCAAUACUCAAAUGAAUCAACUACGACUCAUCACGAUGCAGCAUGUUGCCUCCCAGAAUCUGUUGGCGAAUCCUGCAACGUCUCUCGCUCUGUCGUCGUCUCUUCUGGAUAAGAGUCUUGGCUUCUCGUCCACGCCAGAUCUCAAGAGUGCGCUAGCCGAGCUCUCUGACUCGGAUGAAGAUGAUGACGAUGAGGAGUCGGAUGGCGAGUGGUGGAAGGGGAAAUCGGCCCCGAGCAAGAAAUCAAAAAAAGCUGGGUCCACGCCUGAUUUAUCCGCUACGAAUCCCUUCAAUGAACCGGAGGGGGAGGACGAGGUUGAUGACGAGAUAGCGACCAAGAAGAAGGAUCGUCGGAAGGGGAAGAAGCGUACAGCAUCAGCAAAGAGGAUCAACAAGCUCAUACGGAAGAUAGGACUACGCCAGGCGCCAGUUGUUGCUCCUAGUGCUUCUCAGAGUAGCGCUAUGAUGAUGAUGCCGCCCCAGACGACCCCAAUGGGUGGGUACUAUCCGGGAUAUGGCCAACAGCAAGGAUUCCCAACUGUUCCCAAUAUGAUGUAUCCGAGAACCACAGGAUACAUGAUUUAGUUUGAGGGGAAGGCUGCUCGUAGCUGAACUGAGUUAUUAAGGCGAUGUAGUAGUUUCUGCGCUUCCGAAGUUGUAAUAGUAUAAUAAUAAGACGAAGUGCAGUUCGUUAAGUCUACAUUCACCAUUGAGCCAAGGUUACGGGGUAUAUC